CCAGUCAGACCUGUUCAGCUUGGCUCUCAGCGGAAACCUUAAGUCCUGUGCUGGAUGAAUGGAGAAGAAAACAACAGACUGUUCUGCUUUUGUGCCUUUUGACAGCUACAUUUGACAGAAUUUUUCUGUAGAUCUUGAUCAGGAGAAGGGAAACAAUCUUUUUUUUUUAAAACUGAGCUUUGUUUUAUUUUUUAUAAGUGGUCAAAUGUUAUUUGUUUUUUGGGUGGAUUUCAAGGGUAAAGGAAAAUAAGGAGGAGGGAGGUAGGGAAAGUGAGCAGAGUUUCGGCUAAUUAGAAGUCAGGUCUGUUGGCAGACGUUGACCCGAGCUGGCGGUUUGACCGGCCAAAGGUCCUGCUCUGAUUUUCCUGCUGUGGGGGGGAGCAGGGGGUGUGCCAGGACAUUCCGCGUGUCACUUUCUGUACAGCCAGCCUACUUCUCUUAUUUUGUAAUUUCCUUUUAGGAAAAAAAAGUAAGAGGACUAGAAGGAAGUGCUAUUGCUCACAUGCUCCUUUUUCAUUCAGUCCCUUCAAGGAAGAAGGAUUGUGUGUGUCUAUCUAGCACUGAACCUGUGUAGUUUUUGAAUUAUUUUUAUCAGGUAACUUUGAUUGUCUUUGUUUCAAAAUGGACUGUCUAAAAAUGCAGGAAGCAGCAGAGUACAACAUGAAAAUGCAUCCCAUGUGGCAGGGACCCCUUGCGGUACCAGGAGGUGAUCGUCAGUCUCCCAUCGACAUCGUUGUGCGAAAGAGCGUCUUCGAUUCAGAGCUGAAGCCUCUGGUCACCGAUUACGACCCGCAGACCUGCCAACAAAUCUGGAACAACGGUUACUCCUUUCUGGUCGAGUACGAUGACACUACAGACAAGUCCACGCUGAAAGGGGGCCCCCUGCAAGACAAUUUCAGGUUGUGCCAGUUUCACUUCCACUGGGGUGAGAGCAAUGCCUGGGGGUCAGAGCACACCGUGGACAGGAGGCUGUUCCCUGCAGAGCUCCACUUGGUCCACUGGAACUCUGACAAGUACAGUUUGUUCGAGGAGGCAGUGAUGGAGGACAAUGGACUGGCUGUUAUUGGAGUCUUUCUUAAGGUGGGAAAGAGACACGAGGGGCUGCAGAAACUUGUAGAUGCUCUGCCUGCUAUCAGACACAAGGGCAGUGUAGUGGAGUUUACCAGGUUCGACCCUGCCUGUCUGUUACCCACUAACACUGAUGACUACUGGACGUACCACGGCUCUCUGACAACACCCCCUCUGACAGAGGCCGUCUCCUGGAUCAUCAUGAAGCAGCACAUAGAAGUCAGCCAUGACCAGCUGGCGGUCUUUCGGAGCCUUCUUUUCACCUCAGCCGAGGAGGAUGUACAGAAGAGCAUGGUGAACAACUUUCGUGUGCAGCAGCCUCUCUGCGGCCGCACCAUCCGCUCUUCGUUCACUCCCUUCCUGCAGGAGGCGCCGUCAGCUGAAGGCGACAAGCACACCCACUGACGCAGCUGGACCCAGUACACACAUCCUCUCACACAGUAACACACACCAUGACCACAGUAACACCGUUACUGGUACACGCAGUGACCGUACCAAAUCUACCUUUACUCUGUGAUCAACUGUCCGGACUCUUCUUUUUCUUCAGUUUUAAUCAACAUUUGAAGCAGAAAACAAAUUUAAGUAUGACACACAUUUUAUAUAGAGGGUGUAGGUAUACUUCUCUUUCUGGGUAGAGAUUUUUAUUUUCUUUAGAUUUUUCAGAUUUUGGUCUGACUGUUGCAGAUCAAUAACCAAUAAGGGAUGGUUGCUGUGGGCAAAAUAUGUAGUUUUACUAAUUUUAUUAACAUGAAUCGUAUUUAUUAUACGUUUACCGUUCAUUCGGUUACUGAACAUGUGUGCUGUUCUCUACACUGAGCCGCAUGUAAAAACUCAACAGCACUGUGUGUUGGCCGCCGUCAGUACUACAGCAGCGCCUGCUCUGACUUUUAUCCAUAUAAGAAGGCUGGAGCUGCUGCUAGUUCACAGCAGGAGAUUUUAACAGACUGGAGUUAUCACCUAGGGAGUGUGUCUCUCAAGUAGAAUAAAUAAUAUAUCUAAUAUCAUCAAGGGUUUUGUCAUUAAAAAAAAUCCUGUAUGGUGGGUUUUUGGGUUUAUUAUUGAUUUUGUCAUCUAUACAUUAAUAAUGAAUAGAAUGUAUGUUAUCUUAAUCUGUUACAAAGAGAGUAUACUGUAUACAGUACAUCUGACAUUCAGAAACCUUUUUUACAGUAUGUGACACUCAAACACCCAACACAUACAGUAGAGUUUUAAAGGAACUUUAAUGAGCCUUGGUUCUUCUAAGCAGAACUAUUGAAUACGUUACAAACAUGCCAGGUUACUGUAGCACAUACAUGCAUUUAAGAGUAUUCUGAUUGAAAUAAGCAGUUCUCUUCCCUAUUUUUACAUAUUUUUUUGAAACCGUAGUUUCAAGUACCACAGUGCCUUAAAUAUUCUCUGUGUGAAUCACUGCUAUUGGCAGAGUUUCCCCAACACAUCUUUAAGCAUGAAAAGUAUCUCAGUUCCACAGUUGUUCCAUUAAGCUAUGGUUCAAGAACAGUGGUUAGUGGUUGCUCACAGUAACCGUCAAGGCUCAGGUGACAUUUACUAUAUUCCUCACCUCAUUUAUCUUUUUUGUUCAGCAGAACUUUCACAACAUACCGCUGUACUUCAGCCAGUGAGUUCAGGAACAUAGUAGAGUUGUGUAAACCUGGAAAUGACUCUCAGGUCAACUGAUUGAAUCAAGUCUAUAUCUGGAGGCUGUCUUUAUUAGUCUGUCUUGUUUAGUUAGUUUUCUGUUGUCUCACAUUUUGCCUUUAAAAAAGUUUUGUGGCUGAAGACUAAGAUUAAUCAAACAGGAUUGGACAAAUCAGAUUUGACUGUUUUGGGUUGGGAAAGGGCUUUAAAGAGUUACAAAUAUUGUUGAAUUAAUGUAGAAUCGCUGAACUGGUCUAAACUAUUUUACUGGUAUAAACUACUUUAAUUUUUAUUUUAAAAUAAAGUCUACAAGGAAGACAAGGAUACUGCCAUGAAUAGCUGUGGUAGAUGCAUAUAAUAUUGUAGAGAAGACUUUCUAAGGGAGCUGGAUAGACAGGUGAGACAGUGGAACUGAUUACAGCAGCUUCUUGUAUCACCUCGCCUGUAUAGCAGUGCCUAACAUAUGUUUAUAUUGGCUUUCAUUGUAGAGAGCUGAAGUCAUGACGUCACACUAGCUUCUGUAACUCAAUGCAAUCUCAUUCAGGAUUUCUUUCAGUGGUCUUUCUGAAAAAAGGAAGCAUGUUCCUGGGGUUUACGUUCCAUAUUGUAAGACAAAAUGGAAUCCACUACAGCAGUUGCUAUAAAAAAAACCCAAACAACUAAAAACCUUUUGUGAUUUUAACAAAGUUAAACAACGAUUACAUGUCUGAGCUAGCCUCGACCCAACGUUUAGCCUGCAAAGACCUAGGGCUUAUGGGAAACUGUGUUUGUUAAAGGCCGCUAAAAACAGAUAUUAUAUAAAUGAUAUUAAGUUGUGUUUUUGUUUUUUUUAAACUGCUGUCCUUAUCUAAAAAUAUGAAGCGAGCCACACAACCUACUAUUGAGAGAGGCUCUGUUCCAAGGCUGGAUUUUAAGUUAUUAGUGUAGUUACAAACGGCAAUGGGAUUUUGAAUGAGGUUGUCUUACUUCUGGAACAGAACCUGGAAGAUUCGGUUUCAUUUCGGCUCUCUAUUUGAGCUACUUAAGGUACACUUGAUGUACCUUAUCCAGAGCUUUAAAAGCUUUACACUGAGUUAAAUCAAGCACUUCUGUGUGUUUUUAACUUAAUCCAACAACGCUGCAGGCACAGUGCAGAUGAGGAUUUUGUAAGAGUGAGCUAACGCAACCUUGCAUAAUCUAAAGAAGCCUAGCAGUCUGCCUGCUUCGGCUCAUGUCCAACAGAUGUGAUGUGCUGGGUGAAUCUUACUAUACAGCACUAUUAGAGUAAGAGAGGUUUGAGGAAAAGACAGGGAAGAGACAGGAUGGGAGAUAGAAAGUUAGAAGGGGAAUGAAAGUUCUCGUUCAGACACACAACAUCAAAAGAUCUGUUGAGUUUCUUAGACAUGUCUCAUUUCACAGCUUUUACAUUAGGACAAGAAACUAUAAUUGCCCUGCAAACCAGAAAACCACAUCAAACAUAGUCUAUCUGGCUACUUCUAACAUUACCCAUAUGUGAAAGUUUCCUCCAUUGAUGUUGAGGCAGGGGUGAGAGGUCAUGGCUGUCUAUAUAAUGCCUGAGUAACAAUGCAACUGUCCAAACUGGCCCUCCUCCUCUUUUGAAGUAGCUGUUCCUCCCCUCCUGCACAGGCACUCACAUCAGGCAUACACAGCCUGCUCCAUCUCCCCAGUAGGUCCUCCAUUGGCUCCCCAGCAUGAAGCCACGCACUAAAUAGACUAAUUGGAAAUGUGUUGUAAAGAUUUGACGUUAUGUGAUGUGCCCUGAGUGAUGUUAAUUCGCCGUGAAGGCUGCUGAUUUGCAAGAUAAAUGCUGAAGAGGCAGCAGGGGGUAGAUGGCAGGUUUGAGAAGGUUGUUUUUGUUUUUGUUUUUUUUUAAAGCAGAAAAUAUUUAGAGUGUACUUGGUGUGGAGUUUUGAUAUGCAUCAGUAUCACACUUGGGAAUGUUGCAUGGUUGGGUUUUUGUCUUUACAAAUGAUGCAAUACAGAAUCUGUGUUCAAUGUAUUAUACUAACAUGGAGACAAGGGACCCAGUACUACCUUCAUCUUGUACAGCUGUCUUUUAUUCAUGUAUCUAAAUUAUGCACCGCAGUCUGCCUUCAUGUUUCAUGGCAUUUUACUCAUGUUAAGUUUUUAUUUUUUAUUUUUUUUAUGCCUUUUUAAAAAAACAAAACUUUUAAUGCAAUGAAUACAAAUGUUCAGUCUGUGGAAAAUAUGUCUAAAUGGCCUUUUCUGUCCAAGCUGGAGUCAGUGACUUUGUUCAUAAAUGGUUUAAAAUUAGAUAUUUUCUGCAUCCCCGUUAAGUCUUUGGGAGUUUAAAAUCUCCCUGUUCGUUCAUCUUCUCCUGACUUGUAUCACUGUCUGCCUUUCUAAGCAUACAAUUAUUACAGAGUGCUGUCGUCAUGCUGUAUAUUGUCAUGAUGUUUUACACUCUUGGUACAGCUUUCCUUGCCUCCUGUAGCUCAGUGUGAUGUUUUAGCAGGUGUAUCUUGUGUAUACUGUACAUUGUAUGCAGUACAUAUUUUAGCUGUUUAUUUUUCCAGUGAGCAGCCGACAUUCCUGCCCUGCGGGGCUUCACUAGGCCCAUCUCCCCUCCCAGUAUGCUUUGCUCCACCUGGAUGGCCCCUUAUAAGCCCCUGUCCAGCUGUGCAACCAGGAAGUGUUUUGCUCCUUGGAGGGGGGGGGUUGAAAACCACCCAACGGUGUCACAUGAUACAGAUGUAAAGAUGAUUUUAAAGAAACUGACAUGUUAAUAGAUGAUGUAUAACAAUAAAUUAAUGUGUGAUUUAAAAAAAAAAAA